AUGCAGCUGAAUAACUCUUCCCAGACGUCGCUUUCGUCAAAUAGGGAUAAGGAUCUCCCGCCGGUGCCGCCGCCUUUGAACGCUGCUGAAGCUGGCAACAGACCUACGGCGUUUGCUCUAGCUUCGCCUACAAGCCCGCAUAGUGAUGUAUCUGCUGCUGAAAUGUCACGGUUUCAGAACUUGAAGCUUCAGCUGAAGAAGAAGAAGGUCAGGCCAGCGCCGUUGUUGAAUCUUGAUAAGGCAAACAAGCCUGCUCAGCUGAACCUCAUGAACUCGCUAAAAACGCUAGAUAUCCUGGACCAGCAGCCAGCAGACCCUGCAGCGAUGAAUAGAAAACGCCAGACCGUGAUCAGCUCCAUUCUGCCUACGAAAUCCGUGUAUACGCCUUCGCCUCGGGACCAGAAGUUGCCCAUCUUGGGCUCGGCCUCGCCCGUGGCUACAACCUACGGCUCGUCUGGGUAUAACCUUAAGGACGAGAACUUUGUGCAUUUGAAAGACUUGGGGCUGGGUAACUCGGGCGUGGUGCUGAAAGUGCUACAUGUCCCGCUGCAGAAGACCAUGGCCCGUAAGAUCAUUCAUAUCGAGAGCAAACAGGAUGUCCAAACGCAAAUCAUUCGUGAAUUACGAAUCAUGCACGAGGUCAGGUCUCCAUACAUCAUUGAGUUCUAUGGGGCUUUUCUUCGGCCCAAUAACUCUAUCGUUCUUUGCAUGGAAUACUGUAACUGUGGAGCGCUAGAUCGUAUCCUUUCGUUAUGUGACAAUCGCCAAUUCCCAUUGCCUGUCCUUAAAAAAGCCCUGUUCCUGAUCCUUUCGGGUCUCACAUAUUUAUACAACACCCAUAAGAUCAUUCAUCGUGAUAUCAAGCCAUCGAACGUAUUGAUGACGCAUAAAGGCGAGUUCAAGCUUUGUGACUUUGGCGUCUCGCGUGAACUUACCAAUUCUAUUCUCAUGGCCGACACUUUUGUGGGCACUUCCACUUACAUGUCUCCAGAACGUAUUCAGGGUCUCACAUACGGCGUCAAGUCUGAUAUCUGGUCUAUGGGCCUCAUGCUCUAUGAGCUUGCAACAGGAAAAAGCAUAUGGGUCGAUGACGACGAGCUGGGCGACAAAUCCAAGACGGCAGGUCCCGAAGGUAUUUUGGAUUUGCUCCAGCGCAUUGUCAAUGAAGACCCUCCAUGUCUAUCGAACAAAACCAACAGAGUCACUGGUGCACCAUACGAAAAGGAAUUGUGUACUUUCAUCGAAUCGUGUUUGGUGAAAGACGAUUCCAAGAGAAAAUCGCCUCAGGAACUUCUCGACGACGAACUGGGUUUCUUGAAAGGUGUUCCUGAAGGUCUCUACGACAAAGACGUCAAGGCAUGGGCCAAGAUUAUCCGGAAACGGAACAAAGAGAAAAACGAGCAAGACGCAAACUAG